AUGGCCAUCCCAACCAGUUUCCGCGAGUACCGUCUCCCCAAGAGCGAAGGCUACCACAGCCUGACCAUCCAGCAGGCCUCGCUGCGCCCGCUCAAGCUGAACGAGGUCCUCGUCAAGGUUCACGCCGUGUCUGUCCAGUUCCGUGAUCUGCUCGUCGCCAAGGGCCAGUACUCCCUACCCCUGAAGCCGAACGUGGUCCCGUGCUCUGAUCUCGCCGGGGAGGUCGUCGCGGUUGGUGAGGAUGUCAAGCGCUGGAAGGCGGGUGACCGCGUGUCCUGCAACUUCAUGCUUGACUGGCUCUCCGGCGAGCUCAUCGAGGAGUUGGUAGACAGUAGCCUUGGGGGACCUAUCGACGGCGUGCUCACUGAGUACAAAAUCCUCCCUGCACACGCCCUCAUUGAUAUCCCCGAGCACCUCUCCUACGAGGAAGCGUCCACCCUCCCGUGCGCAGCAAUCACGGCGUACAACGCGCUCAUGGGCCUCAGCCCACUCAAAGGCGGCGACACCGUGCUCAUCCAAGGCACAGGCGGUGUGUCCAUCUUCGGGCUCCAGUUCGCAGUCGCGUCCGGCGCGACGGUCAUCGUCACCUCCUCGUCGAACGAGAAGCUUGAGGUCGCGCGAAGGCUCGGCGCGAAGCACCUCAUCAACUAUCGGACGACGCCAGACUGGGACAAGGAAGUACUCCGCAUUACAAAGGGCCGCGGUGUGGACCACGUCGUCGAGGUCGGCGGCGCGGGCACGCUGAGCCGCUCGAUGAACUGCACGCGCGUGGCCGGGUUCGUGAACAUCAUCGGCUUCGUCUCUGGCGCGGGCGACUACAGCGACCUCAUUAUCAAGGCCAUCUUCAGGUCCCUCAACUUCCGCGGCAUCGACGCCGGCUCGCGCGCCCACUUCGAAGAUAUGAACCGCCUGAUCACCGCGACGAACAUCAAGCCCGUGGUCGACAGGGUGUUCGCGUUCGAGCAGGCCGCGGAGGCGUUCGCCUACGUCGAGAAGCAGCAGCAUGUCGGGAAGGUCGUCAUCAGGGUGUCCAAGAAUUGA